AUGUCCGUCCCCUAUGGUCCCUACUACGGAUAUCAUUUUCGGGAUCAACAAAAGACAGGUUUGGUCGCGCCAGUGGCAAACGCACAACCUCUGCCUUGUGCACCAAAAGAAUUAGAUGAUGAUGAAAUCCUUGAAGAUGCAAAGGUGCUCCUGAAGCACUUUCGAGAUGUUGUGAUUCCUCAGUUCGUGCCGCUUCCAAUGCAUUCCAAAUCGCCGUGGGAGAUACUCAACUGGAGUAAUGCCGUACAUACGCUCGCCGACAUGACCUUCCUUCAAACUUCGAACAUGAAACAUGCAAAUAUUGCCAAUCUCUAUGCUAUUAUCGGCUGCUCAGCACAUACCAUCAUCAAAACAGAGAGCUAUCCUGAAACUCUGUCGUACCAGAAGGGAACUCGGAUCCUUGAGUAUGCAUCACGACGGGCCAAGAGCCACAUGCAAGAGUCGUUGAGAUCAGAGACGACUGGUCCGCAAAAAGCCAAAUACAAAGACCAGCUAAUGGCUACUUUCAGUCUUAUCGCGCUUGCGACUUUGAGCGGCAACUCGACCGACGGUAGAUGCUAUCUCAUCGAUGCGGAGCGCCUUUUGAGACUAAGAGGGCUGGCUAAACGAGAAGUCUCGCGCAGAGCUCGAUUACUACAUCACGUUUACACCUGGCUCAGAAUCAUUGGCGAAAGUACCUUUACCCUGCACGACCACAACAGUUCCGGUAUGCAGGCGAAAAUCGAAAGGAUCUUCCAAACAAACCUUGGGGUCCCUAGCGUUUUGCCAGUUUCAGAUCAGGAUGCAAUGGUGGCAGAUGAGCACCCCCAGCUCGAUGAUUUUCUUCGAGUCCAGACACAUGGCACCGACAGUGACUCCGAUGUGGAUGCAUCCAAGGACCAGGAGGCUGGCCUCCGUGACAUCCACCUAUCAGAUCUUCGCCAGUGGCCUAAAACUCUCUACAUGGAAAUCUAUGGCAUUCCAGAAGACUGGCUCAGUCUAGUAUCGCAGACGACAAGAGUUGCAAACAUUCUCGACUUCCUAGAGCGAACACCCUUGCAAGUGCCGCGAGCCUUUACAGACUCGUUGCAGAGAAAGACGACUCGAUUAGAGCACAUGAUUUGCUCCUUUUCCACACAACACAGCGUCUCCAGGUCUCCUUCGCCGCUGCACGGCAAUGGCGAUGCUAGGCCCAACCCCUCUAAUUCCAGCCAAGCCAUGUUGAGAGCCAUGGGCUCAGCUUUGGUGAUAUUCUUCUACCGGAGGAUCCGUAAUGUUCAUCCUCUCAUCUUGCAAACGUACGUCAAUGAUGUCAUCACAGCUUUGGGGAAUUUUGAUCUCGCGCAAGGUACUGCCAACGACAAGUCGCCAGGUACACCGUGGCCAGCUUUCAUUGCCGGAUGCGAAGCAAUGUCGACCUCCGCCCAAUAA